UCCAUCUUACACAGAUACAGGAAAACACAAAAGAAUCCAUGGAAGCUUUGUGGAAUAUGGAGGAAAAAUGGAAGCUAACAACCCAAGAAGCAAUCGUCCUAUUGGCUUGUGCUGCCUCUGCAGUCAUCGGGCUUUGUGCGGCUGUGGUGCUAAAAAGGAAGGCCCAAGAGAAGAAGACGAAGAAUAUUACCGUCGGGCUGGAAGGUGGGAAAUGGUCCGAGCCCAACUGCCAUUGGGUUUCGGUCAAAAGGGCUUUGAUGGGCUCGGUGAGGUGGAGUGAGGCGGCAAAGUGGGAGCGGUCACCACAACUUCUUGGUGUUGAAGGAGGCAGUUUGGGGUGGCAAAGUCAUAACUCGGAGUCGCCGGUGUGGCAGCGGCCGAUUCUUAUGGGGGAGAAAUGUGCAAUGCCGAGGUUUAGCGGGCUGAUUCUAUACGAUGAACGAGGCCAGUUAAUAGAUCAGUCCCUCAAUCAAGGAUCUCUAAUGGUUGACAAUGUUCAUCAGGUUAUCACAUACAAAAGCAUUUUUAAAUUUUUUUUUUUUUUUUUUAUAUAUGAACGUACUUGUUUUUUUCCAGUAAUUAACAAAUAGGUGAAGCAAAGUGAUUGUUAUUUAUGAUUUAU